AUGCUCUCGCUUGAAUCGCCGCGUCUACUCCGGCGAUGUCUGCCAAACAGCCGACAAGGCUGCAACCAGCUCCAAUCCAUACUGAGCAAAAAGUGUCAGGAUACCAGGACACAAUGUACAGUUGCAGCUAUGCCCACCUCCCCGAAGCGAACUUCGGUAACGGCUUUUCGCAUCGGAACUAAGGAAAAUGUACAAUUCAUGAUGAAACUGUCGGAUUCGCAUGCUUUGCUUUACAUCCAAAAGCGUGGCUUUCGGACCCGUAAGGUUUCCGGGAUUGUUGGUUCGUCACGAGCAGAAGAAGGAGAGAAAGGCUGGACCUCAACCACAUUCUCAAAAUUGAUGGGGGUUGUCAAGAAGGAGCCACAGACGGCUCAAUACAAAGAGAAAUUAUCUGCAUAUGAAACGGAAAUCAAGAAACUUCAGCCAGAUCAUCAAAAAACAUUCAUGGAUGGCUAUGUGAAAAGCCUUCUACUCAAUUCGAAGAAAGAUGGCGAGAAUUCACCUCCAAGGGGCUUUUCAAAGUGGCUAUUCGGAUCGUAUACGUCAUUGUGCACAAUUUUAUGCUCGCUAUGGAUUGCCUACAAUCUGUAUGCCUACUUCUUCGGUGAGGGAAAGGGAUCGUCACCGCUCUCUGUUCUGUUCCAGUCGAGUCCCCAAGAACUGAAGCCGGAGGAGAUUCAAGUGACUUUUGAAGAUGUGAAAGGGAUGGACGAAGCAAAGGCUGAAGUCGAGGAGAUCGUGUCCUACCUUAAGGACCCUGACCGUUAUUCUAGACUUGGAGGUCGGCUACCAAAGGUGCCCUUCUUCCACACCUCCGGGUCAGAAUUCGACGAAGUACUGGUCGGCCAGGGCGCAAGGAGGAUUCGAGAGCUUUUCGAGAAAGCUAAGGAGCGAGCUCCGUGCAUCAUUUUCAUUGAUGAAAUAGAUUCGGUCGGAUCAAAGCGUGUCUCAAACUCUCUACACCCUUAUGCAAAUCAGACAAUCAAUCAGCUGCUCAGUGAAAUGGAUGGCUUUGUUCAAACCGCGGGAAUUAUUGUUAUAGCUGCAACAAACAGAGUUGAAGAUUUGGACAAGGCUCUUCUACGUCCUGGCCGCUUUGACGUGCGAGUUACUGUCUCAAAGCCUGACCUUCAAGGCCGCAAAGAUAUAUUUAAUCAUUAUUUGGCAAAAAUCGUCCAUGCCGAGAAUAUUGAGAUUCAGCCGUUAGCUAAGGGUACUACUGGAUUCACCGGGGCUGAUAUUGAAAAUAUGGUGAAUCAAGCGGCACUGAAAGCAGCAACUGAAGGAUGUCAGGAGGUGACGAUGCAUCAUUUGGAUGAGGCUAGAGAUCGCGUUCUGAUGGGCCCUGCUCGCUUGGCCGGCCGGAUCCCAGACGAGGAAGCGAACAAGAGUACCGCUUACCAUGAGGCUGGACAUACACUUGUUGGUAUGAUGACCCAAGACUCCACUCCUUUACAUAAGGUGACAAUUAUUCCAAGAGGUUCUUCGAUGGGUCACACAGCCCUCUUGCCGGAUAAAGAUUCUUAUCAAAUGACGAAGGCUCAAAUGUAUGCACAGCUUGAUAUUAUGAUGGGUGGGCGUGUGGCUGAGGAGCUGAUUUUUGGAAUGGACAAGGUAACUACUGGAGCUUCUGAUGACCUACGAAAAGCAUCGAUGCUUGCCACGCAAAUGGUCAAGCAGUUUGGGUUCUCGGAUCGGGUUGGACUCCGCGACUUUUCGAUCGACGAUGGUGGUGGACUGGUGAAGGUCAACGACCUGAGCCCACAGACCUCAGAAGCCAUCGACCAAGAGAUAAACCGGAUAUUGCAGGAGAGCUACAACCGAGCAAAGGAUAUUCUCACAAAGCAUAAGCGUGAACAUACAGCCUUAGCCGAGGCACUACUCGAGUAUGAAACGCUGUCAGCUGAAGAGGUCCGUGAUAUUGUGGCCGGCAAAAAGCUGAAACGCCCUUCUCCGGCUGUUGUAAAACGUAGCAACGAGACACGAAAAGCCCUGAAGCAUACCCCGCUUGUGCAAAUUCAUAAUAUGGGAGCCGAGAAAGACAAA